AUGCCUAAGGCAGCUAAGGGCAGGUCUGGCAAGGUUGAGAAGGGCAAGCGGGCCAAGAAGGAUCCCAACGCACCCAAGAGGGGCCUCUCCGCCUACAUGUUCUUCGCCAACGAGCAGCGCGAGAAUGUCCGCGAGGAGAACCCGGGUGUUUCGUUCGGUCAGGUCGGCAAGAUCCUGGGCGAGCGUUGGAAGGCUCUGAGCGACAAGCAGCGGGCUCCCUAUGAAGCCAAGGCUGCCGCCGACAAGAAGCGGUACGAGGAUGAGAAGCAAGCAUACAAUGCCGAGGAAGAGGAAGAGUCCUCCUGA